AUGGCGUUCUACAGUGGAAACACCACAAAUGAAGAAGACUUUUUGAGUGGGGAAACAAUCGAUUUUUUGUUCGAGUACAUGGAUGAUGAUGAAUUCAAACUGCAAUGCGAUGAUGCAUUGGUUGAAGAUCCUCAACAGAAAACUCAAAGUUUAUGUUGUUCCCACUGUGGAAAAAGUUAUAAAAGCAAAGGAGGGCUGAAAAAACAUCAGGAUCUGAAACACACUGAAAUAACAGGAACAGAGACUGAAGGAGAUACCAUAAGUUUAGAUAGUGUGACAAUUAAAUCUUUUAUUGAAGAAGCAAAAGAAGAUAUAAGCAAAGAUGAGUGUUUUCCUGACGAAAUCCGCAGUAUUGCAGUUGCUUAUGUUACAGAAGAUGUGAACAAUUCCUUGAAAGAAGAAAUUCCGAAAAUUUAUCAGUCCUUGAAAAGAAAUGGAGAUGCAGAAAAAUUCUAUUCUGCAUUUAAUUCUCUUAUUGUCAAAAAUGCCAAAAAAUAUUUCAGCCAGUUGGAAAUGCCUGUGUGCACCAUUCUUGCAUCACAACUUGCUGAUAAAAUAUUAGCAUUUUAUAAGAAACCUGUUCAGCAACCUGUUGUGGUCAAGCCAAUUUCAGAACGUGAAUUUGAUGGGCUGCAAUACCUAGCUGGCUAUGUAAUUCACUCACUGGUCAGAAAAUAUAACAGAAAAACUGAUUCUAAAUCUGAAGCUGUCCAGGGUGUGCUUUUAUUGCUGAAUUCCUGCCGGAGUGAUGAUAUUAGCACUCAGAGAUUGAUCCAAUGCCAAUCUAGAGGUGGUUUAUGGGGAGUUAAGAGAGAAGUUAUUGAGUUAUUCAAACUUGUUGAAGAAGAAUUUAGAAGAGAAACACAGAGCCAUGUGGUGUCCAUUAACUGCCAAGAAAUAACGCAAAAAUUAAUGAAGCACAUUAACAUAACAAGUUUGUUCAAUACCAUCAAAGAGUAUGAUGCACACAUCUUGGAAAAGGAUACAAGUUUAAGCCUACUGGAGAAUAUGAUCAAAUUAUACCUACGAGUGAGAGCCUUUUCUAUAACAAAAACAAAAACACAACUGGAGAGAAAACGAGUAAAAGGAUUACGCAAAGGUAUAAAGAAGUCAUCAGACAAAGAUAUUACAGGUGUUUAACAAAGUGCAAAGAUAAAUCAAAGUCAAGUUACUUUUUUCCCACAGCAAACAGGCAGAUAAAUGGAAUUAACUGCUUUCCCAACACACACAAUUAUCAGGCCUGGCCGUUUGAGGCGAGCGAUAGCUCGCGCUCGCCUCCACGCUCCCCUUGCAACCUGAGGCGAGCUAUGAAUUGCUCUCCUAAACAGAACAUGAAAGGAGAAUCGCUCCCCUAAAAUUUCCAUUCAUUUGCACUUUUCCUAUUCAGAGAACCCUGAAAACGUACAAGGGUUAAUUGGUUUAUUUUUGUAACAGCGAUUUCUCCCAUCAUUGCAUAAUUUGCAAUUUACUUUUUGCUUGUUGGGCGGUUUUUGUUAUGAUAGGCAUAAACUUCAAUCUAUUUGAAAAAGGAUAGUUAACUGAAAGGUACGUUUGUAGCUAUUACAACCUUUAAAUCUCAAGAAAACAGGAAUAUUUUUGGAAGGAAAGUCGAAGAAUUUGGUAGGAAUUGUAGCUUGGGGAUAUAAUAAGACAGCAGGUCCCUUCCAGCAAUAGAAACCAAACUAUCCCUCAAAAAGAACAAGGUACUCUGUCUUGCAGAUCAAAAACGACAACCAAAACAUGGAAUUCCACUAUCCAGCAGCAUUUACUGAAAAACCCAGAAAAACUAUAACAGCGACAUGUUUCGCAUUAUUGGCAAAGCCUGAUCAUCGUUCCAUCUAGCUAUUUACUAUAUAAACAUGACAGACCGCUUUUGUGUAGACCGAAUGAGUUCGUUUUCACCUUAGGACUCCGUUGGUAAUAUUUUCAAUAGGAAAGCGGCA